GUGAUCAAAGUAACCAGGGAGGAUUUGAUCAACAGGACGCCAUUACUGUCUGAAAUAAGAUCCACAUUUAAUUAUGGACCCCCGUACCAGUGCCCAGGACGUAAUGCGAUGUGACCUGUGCGAGACCGCUGUGGUACAGAUGCACUGUGAUACAUGUCUUGUCAACCUGUGUAAGGCCUGUGUGGGAGAACACAUGAUUUCUGAUGAAUCCAAGAAACAUGAAAUUGUCAAAUUCAAGCUUCGAAAAACUACUCCCCAAUACCCAGGAUGCACAUUUCAUAGGGAACGAUGUGAAAUGUACUGUAAACAAUGUGACAGUCCUGUCUGCAUCAGUUGCAUUGCAUCUGAUCAACACAAGGGUCACGCAUUUUUGAAAAUGCUUCAACUAUUGGAUGAAAGAAAAAACAAAAUUAUGAAAGACCUCAUUGAAUUAAAUGAGACAAUUUAUCCAACCUAUCAGGACAUUGCCUCUGAUGUACAAAGCAGAAUGAGUCAGUUAGAAAAGGAAUAUGGAGAUCUCUCAACAGCCAUAACAAAACAUGGAGAGGACUGGCACAGAGAAAUUGACAAACUUGUCAAGAAACUUAAAGCUAAAGUUGAUGAGAUUAAAAGUACACAGUUACAAACUCUACAGAAACAUCUGGAUGAAAUAAACAAGAACAUUUCAGACAUCAAGGAUGAAAUAGAUUCAAACAAUGUUAUUGUAAAUGAAAAUGAUAUUUCAAAACUAUUCAACAUAAACAGAUACAGAGAUCUUCCAGAGAAAUAUGUGCCGUCUUUACCGAAAUUUACUCCAGGCAGAAUUGGAGAACUUUGUAAACUGUUUGGAGUUUUAUCAGCAAGUUCUUUAUCUUCAGUUAAACAUGGCUACACUAUGAAGACAACACAGAAAUCACCAGAAGCUGGAUCCUCUCCUCCAGUCAAACGGCUGCUUGAUGAACCAGAGACUGUCACCACCAUAGACACCGAUUAUAGUCGUAACGUGCACCUUUACAAUGUGGCCUGUCUGAGUGAUGAAGAAAUCUGGACAAAUGGGAAUGACAACACCAUGAAACUCUACAGCAUCAAUCAGGGAUCACUACUCAAGUCAAUCACAACAACGUCAGGGAAUAAACCACAGGACAUAGCAGUGACAAAAAGUGGAGAUCUAGUUUAUAUUGAUUAUGAUGAUAGAACUGUUAACAUUGUGAAGAAUGAGAAGAUAGAGGUGGUGAUCAGACUACAGAACUGGAAACCUUGCGGUGUCUGUAGUACUUCCUCUGGCGACUUCCUGGUUAUCAUGAUCAGAAAUGAUGACAAACAAACAAAAGUUGUCCGUUACUCUGGCUCCACAGAGAAACAGAAACAAAGCAUUCAGCUUGAUGAUAAAGGUAACUCUCUCUAUUCAUCUGAUAGUUAUAUCAGAUACAUAAAAGAGAACAAGAACCUGGAUACCUGUGUGUCUGACAAUGGAGCUACAGCAGUGGUGGUGGUCAAUCAGGCCGGGAAACUGAGAUUCAGGUACACUGGACAUACUCCUGCUCCAAAGAACGAACCAUUCUAUCCACGAGGAAUCAGCACAGACAGUCAGAGUCACAUCCUUACAGCUGAUUUAUUCAAUGACUGUGUCCACAUCAUAGACCAGGAUGGACAGUUCCUCCGUUACAUAGACUGUGGACUGAGUAGACCCUAUGGACUGUGUAUAUAUACGAAUGACAACCUGUUUGUUGCUCAAUGGGUAAACAAACAAGUAAAGAAAUUUAAAUAUCUCAAAUGAAUUCUAGCCCUACAUAUUAAAAAAAAACUUUUCUUUAAGGAAUUAUACAUCUUCAUUCAUUUUGUACAAUUUAUACAAAUGACUAUCUCUUUCUUACGUAACAUUGAGAACAUCAACAAGAAUUGAAACUCCAUAUCGUGAGCUCCACAAAUAUUUUGUUUCAUAAAAUUUAUUUCAUCAAUCAGUUACCUAUCAUAAGUUUAUACUUUGAACACAAUUUACGUUAAGUUGUCAUGAUUUUAUACUUAAAUUAGAUGACAAACAUUUACUGCCACUUUGCCAUCAGACAAGUGCACACUAAAGUAUAUGGGUAAUUGUCCAGAUCUUGUCAGGUGAGGGAAUUAAAGAACAAUAAAAAUGAGUAAAUAAAGAGAUUACAUUAUUUUGUGUCAUAAGAAAACAAAU